AGCGGUACCUCCCCUGGACUCCUUGCUUGACGGCCUGUAGUAAGCGCUUGCACCUUUCUUCAGCACUCAGUAGACUGGCUUUACUGUGCACGGGCGAGCGGGCCCAAGUUUGGUUCGGUAGCAGAAAUGCCAGAAUUAUGACAAAAGCAAAUACACAAGGCUAACAGACACAGAUUUCCUGUUGUCUGCCACCGGCCACAAAAUGGAUUCCUGUCGAAUGCCACUUGGCAGAAAUUGCCACUGAUGAAUGGUCAGACAUCCAAAAUCCCACAUCACUGGUACCAGAGAAGACUAAUUUGAUCAACAAAAAUCUGAAAAGCCACUUGGCUAGUGAGAGCCAAAAAGCUCAAUACUGUUUAUGCCACUCACCAGAAGAGCCAGGAAAGGUCAUGUGUCCUCGGGAGAAGGCAAGUCUCCUCCACUGCUGAUUUGUCAGCCAGCUUUACUGACAUCUUUCAGUGGUUCCUUUUACAUAUAAACCCAUCUUUAGAGGCUUCUGGUACUUUGAGGACAGGUGUGUCUACCUGUCUCUGGGGCUUUUCAGUCACAUGUCUAUCUACUUGGGUAAUGUAAAUACACAUCUGAGCAAGGUUAACGAUUAAAUUGUUGAGUUGAAAGGUCAGAAGACCUGUUGUUGGAACAUCAGAAUAGGAGAUAAAGAACCUCUUGAAACUGGCCUUCUACCUUCUCUGAGGAAAAGAAUAAGAAACAGCACAGUCAUACGAGAGUCUUCAUCCCAGAAGUGAUCCAGGAAUCAUGCUGGAUACUUUCUGCAACUCUACUUUUUGGAAUUCCUCAUUGUUGGAUAGCCCGGAGGUGGACCUGCCACUUUGUUUUGAGCAGACUGUUCUGGUGUGGAUUCCCUUGGGCUUCCUUUGGCUCCUGGCCCCCUGGCAGCUUCUCCAUGUAUAUAGAUCCAGGACCAAGAAAUCUUCUAUAACCAAACUCUACCUUGCCAAGCAGGUGAUUGUUGGCUUUCUUCUUGUUCUGGCAGCCAUAGAUCUGGCUCUUGCACUCACAGAAGACACUGGACAAGCCGCGAUUCCUGCUGUUAGAUAUACCAACCCAAUCCUCUACCUGCUCACAUGGGUCCUGGUUUUACUGAUCCAGCACAGCAGGCGAUGGUGUGUGCAGAAGGAUUCUUGGUACCUGUCCUUAUUCUGGAUUCUCUCAAUACUUUGUGGCACUUUCCAACUUCAGACUCUGAUCCGGGCACUCUUAAAGGACAGCAGUUCUAAUCUGGCCUACUCCUGUGUGUACUUCAUCUUCUAUGCAUUCCAGAUCCUGGUCCUGAUCCUUUCAGCAUUUUCAGAAAAAGAUGACUCAUCAAAAAAUCCUUCAACCACAGCUUCAUUUUUGAGUAGUAUCACCUUUAGUUGGUAUGACAGCACUGUUCUGAAAGGCUUCAGGAAACCUCUGACACUUGAAGAUGUCUGGGAUAUUGAAGACGCAGCUAAAACAAAGGCACUAGUCAGCAGGUUUGAAAAGUACAUGGCAGAAGAGCUACAGAAGGCCAGGCGGGCGUUCCAGAAACGGCAGAAGAAGAAAUCCAAGCGGAACCCUGGAGCCAGCAUGAACGGCUUGGACAAGAACCAGAGUCAAAGCCAAGAUGUCCUUGUCCUGGAAGAAACUAAAAAGAAAAAAAAGAAGUCUGAGACCACAAAAGACUUUCCCAAGUCCUGGCUGGUGAAGGCGCUCUUCAAAACUUUCUACGUCAUCCUCCUGAAAUCAUUCCUGCUGAAGCUGGUGUAUGACAUUCUCACGUUUCUGAAUCCUCAGUUGCUGAAGUUGCUGAUCGCCUUUGCAAAUGACCGUGAAGUAUAUCUGUGGACUGGAUAUCUCUAUUCAAUUCUCCUCUUUGUCGUGGCCCUCGUCCAGUCUGUCUGCCUUCAGUGUUACUUUCAGCUGUGCUUUAUGCUGGGCAUGAAAGUGCGGACCACCGUCAUGGCGUCUGUAUAUAAGAAGGCACUGACUCUAUCCAACCGGGCCAGGAAGCAGUACACCAUUGGAGAAACAGUGAACCUGAUGUCUGUGGACGCCCAGAAGCUCAUGGAUGUGACCAACUUCAUCCACCUGCUGUGGUCAAAUGUCCUACAGAUUAUCUUGGCCAUCUACUUCCUGUGGGCAGAGUUGGGACCCUCAGUCUUAGCAGGUGUUGGGGUGAUGGUGAUCCUAAUCCCAAUUAAUGGAGUACUCGCCACCAAGAACAGGGCUAUUCAGGUUAAAAAUAUGAAGAAUAAAGACAGCCGUUUAAAGAUCAUGAAUGAGAUUCUCAGUGGGAUCAAGAUCCUGAAAUAUUUUGCCUGGGAACCUUCAUUCCAAAAUCAAGUCCACAGCCUCAGGAAGAAAGAGCUCAAGAACCUGCUGAGAUUUGGGCAGCUGCAGUCUGCAAUAAUGUUUCUCUUAUACUUGACUCCGGUGCUGGUGUCUGUGAUCACAUUUUCUGUUUACGUCCUGGUGGAUAGCAGUAAUGUUCUGGAUGCACAAAAGGCCUUUACCUCCAUCACCCUCUUCAACAUCCUGCGCUUCCCCAUGAGCAUGCUUCCCAUGCUAAUCUCCUCCAUGCUCCAGGCCAGUGUUUCCACAGAGCGGAUAGAGAAGUACCUGGGAGGGGAUGACUUGGACACAUCUGCCAUUCGACAUGAUUGCAAUUCUGAUAAAGCUGUGCAGUUUUCUGAGGCAUCAUUUACCUGGGACCAUGAUUUGGGUGUCACAAUCCGAGAUGUGAACCUGGACAUUAUGCCAGGCCAGCUGGUGGCUGUGGUGGGCACUGUGGGCUCUGGGAAAUCCUCCUUGAUGGCAGCCAUGCUGGGAGAAAUGGAAAAUGUCCACGGGCACAUCACGGUCAAGGGCUCUGUAGCCUAUGUCCCACAGCAGUCCUGGAUCCAGAAUGGCACCAUAAAGGAAAACAUCCUUUUCGGAUCAGAGUUGGAUGAAAAGAAAUACCAGCAGGUUCUGGAGGCCUGUGCCCUCCUCCCUGACUUGGAAGUGCUGCCUGGAGGAGACAUGGCUGAGAUUGGAGAGAAGGGUAUAAAUCUCAGUGGGGGUCAGAAGCAGCGGAUCAGCCUGGCCAGAGCUACCUAUCAAAAUUCAGACAUCUAUAUUCUGGAUGACCCUCUGUCAGCUGUGGAUGCCCAUGUGGGAAAACAUAUUUUCAACAAGGUCUUGGGUCCCAAUGGCCUAUUGAAAAGCAAGACUCGAAUCUUGGUGACACACAGCAUUCACUUUCUUCCCCAAGUGGAUGAGAUUGUGGUUGUGGGGAAUGGCACCAUCCUGGAAAAGGGAUCCUAUAGCACACUGCUGGCCAAUAAAGGAUUGUUUGCUAAGAAUCUGAAGACAUUUGUGAAACACACGGGUCCUGAAGAUGAGGCCACAGUCAAUGAGGACAGUGAAGAUGAUGACUGUGGGCUGGUGCCCAGUGUGGAGGAAAUCCCAGAGGAUGUGGCCUCCUUGUCCAUGAAAAGAGAGAAUGAUCUUCGUCGAACACUGAGCCGCAGAUCUAGGUCCAGUAGCAGGCAUCUGAAGUCCUUAAAAGACUCCUUGAAAAUUCGGAAUGCGAAUAUCCUGAAGGAAGAGGAAGAACCAGUGAGAGGACAAAAACUCAUUAAGAAGGAAUUCGUACAAACUGGAAAGGUGAAGUUCUCCAUCUACCUGAAAUACCUACAAGCAAUAGGAUGGUGCUCGAUAGUCUUCAUCCUCUUGGCGUUUGUGAUCUAUUAUGUGGCUUUUAUUGGAUCAAACCUCUGGCUCAGUGCUUGGACCAGCGACUCUAAAAUAUACAAUGGCACCAACUAUCCAUCCUCUCAGAGGGACAUGAGAGUUGGCGUCUAUGGAGCUCUGGGAAUAGCACAAGGUUUCUUUGUGUUCAUAGCGAAUAUCUGGAGUGUCUAUGGUUGCAACCACGCAUCAAACAUCCUCCACAAGCAACUGCUGAACAAUAUCCUUCGAGCACCCAUGAGUUUUUUUGACACAACACCCAUAGGUCGGAUAGUGAACAGGUUUGCUGGUGAUAUCUCCACAGUGGAUGACACCCUCCCCAUGUCUUUACGCAGCUGGGUCUUGUGCUUCCUGGGCAUCAUCAGCACCCUGGUCAUGAUCUGCCUGGCCACUCCCAUCUUUGUUGUCGUCAUCAUUCCUCUUGGCAUCAUUUAUGUGUCUGUUCAGAUAUUUUAUGUGUCUACUUCCCGCCAGUUGAGACGACUGGACUCCGUCACCAGGUCCCCAAUCUACUCUCACUUCAGUGAGACUGUGUCAGGUUUGUCUGUUAUCCGCGCCUUUGAGCAUCAGCAGCGAUUUCUAAAGCAAAGUGAGACAGCGAUUGACACCAACCAGAAAUGUGUCUUUUCCUGGAUCACCUCCAACAGGUGGCUUGCAGUUCGUCUGGAGCUGAUUGGGAACCUGAUCGUCUUCUUUGCAUCCUUGAUGAUGGUUAUUUAUAGAAAGAACCUAACUGGGGACACUGUGGGCUUUGUUCUGUCCAAUGCACUUAAUAUCACGCAAACCCUGAACUGGCUAGUGAGGAUGACGUCAGAAAUAGAGACCAACAUUGUGGCUGUUGAGCGAAUAACUGAAUACAUAAACGUGGAAAACGAGGCACCAUGGGUGACUGAUAAGAGGCCUCCAGAAGGUUGGCCCAGCAAAGGGGAAAUCCAGUUUAGCAAUUACCAAGUACGGUAUCGACCUGAGCUGGAUCUGGUACUGAGAGGGAUCACCUGUGACAUUAAGAGCACGGAGAAGAUUGGCGUGGUGGGCCGGACGGGAGCUGGGAAAUCGUCCCUGACAAACUGCCUCUUCAGAAUCCUAGAGGCUGCAGGAGGCCAGAUCACCAUUGAUGGGGUAGACAUUGCUUCCAUUGGGCUCCACGACCUCCGAGAGAAACUGACCAUCAUCCCCCAGGACCCCAUCCUGUUCUCUGGGAGCCUGAGGAUGAAUCUGGACCCCUUCAACAACUACUCAGAUGAGGAGAUUUGGAAGGCCUUGGAGCUCUCUCACCUCAAAUCUUUCGUGGCUGGCCUGCAAGCUGGGUUGUCCUAUGAAGUGACAGAGGGUGGUGACAACCUGAGCAUAGGGCAAAGGCAGCUACUGUGCCUGGCCAGGGCUCUGCUUCGGAAAUCCAAGAUUCUGAUCAUGGACGAGGCCACUGCUGCGGUGGAUCUAGAGACAGAUCAGCUCAUCCAGAUGACCAUCCAAACUGAGUUCUCCCACUGCACAACCAUCACCAUUGCCCACCGGCUGCACACCAUCAUGGACAGUGACAAGGUAAUGGUCCUAGACAGUGGGAAGAUUGUAGAGUAUGACAGUCCUGAAGAACUGCUGAAAAACCCUGGCCCCUUUUAUUUUAUGGCCCAAGAAGCUGGCAUUGAAAAUACGAACAGUACAACGUUCUGAGGGCAAGUCUUAUGGGUUAGAGGACUAUUUAGAUCAUUUAUUUUUUGUGAAGCAUAUCAUACAUAUAGAAGUGUGCGCAAAAUGUAUGCUUUAAAGAAGGAUCAUAAGUGAGCACCUACGUCCUUACUAAGAUUUAAAAAAAAAAAAAUCAGUAUUACCAGCAACAUCAGAAACCCCCUGAUGAUUCCACUUUGAUCAUUCUGGCUGGCUACCCACCCACCCUUCUCCAGAGAAACCACCAUCUGAUUUUUGUGAUAAUUAUUCCUUUGCUUUUCAUUUUGGUCUUACCAUUUUCCUUAAACAUAUAUCUUUAAAACAAAAAAACUUAAUGUGAAUGGCCUGAUUCACACUGCAUGUAUUCUUGCUUCUUUUGUUCAGUAUUAUAUUUGAGAUUCAUCCAUGUCCAAGCACGUAGUGAGGCUGCUUCAUUCUCACUGCUCUGGAGUACAGCAACAUGUGAACAGGCCUCAGUUUAUCCAGUUUAGGUUGGUCAGCAGUGGGGUGAUUUCCAGGGUUUGUUGUUUUUCCUGUUAUGAACAGUACUGCUAUGAGC